CAGUCUGGCUUCAAGGCAGCGCAUUCUACGGAAACAGCACUUGUAGCUGUUACUGAGAAGCUUCAUGCUGCCAAAGCAGCCAAACUGUCAUCUGUCCUUAUUCUUCUUGACCUCACUGCAGCCUUCGACACAGUGAAUCACAGCAUUCUCCCGACCACUCUCUCCAACCUUGGAGUAACAGGUUCAGCAUGGCAAUGGAUGGCCUCCUACCUGGAAGGCGCUCCUACCAAGUGUCAUGGAGGGGAUCCAUAUCUCCCCCAUGCACUCUCUCAACCGGUGUUCCUCAGGGCUCUGUACUUGGCUCACUUCUUUUCUCUAUCUACACCUGCUCUCUGGGCAAGGUCAUAGCCUCCCAUGGCUUCUCCUACCACUCCUAUGCAGAUGACACUCAGCUCGUUCUGUCAUUUCCUCCUUCAGACACGCAAGUCUCAGCUCGCAUCUCAGCAUGUCUGCAAGAUAUCUCACAAUGGAUGUCGGCUCAUCAUCUAAAACUUAAUCCCAGCAAGACAGAGAUGUUGCUCAUUCCUGGAGAUCAGUCUCCAACCCAGGACCUAGUAAUUUCUCUGGAUGACUCCCAGAUCAGACCAUCUAAUAAGGCCACACUUCGCCAACUGGCUCAUAGAGCAAGUGCAAGGCGGACACUACGAUGGACUUUACAUGAUCGGAAAGGACACAUUCCGCAUCCCGUGGAAGCACAACUCCAGAAGAGACUGCCGUGAUGAAGACAACAAAAUAUUCCAAGCAUGGGCUGUGGUUAGUGGCAAGAUCCUUGAGUACCCCAAUGACCGAGCAAAAUGGAAAACCAACUUUCGCUGUGCACUCAACAGCCUCACACAGUUUAAGCUUCUUCAAGACCACUCCAAGGAAUCCAAGGAUCCCCAUAAAAUGUAUCACAUUGUCUGGCCUGAGAAUCACCAACAGAGUCAAACUAUUCAUAUUAAAGAAAUGUACAGCUCAGCAGACAAUGGAGUUGAAGCAAUGGAGUAUGAAAACCUGCCAAACCACAUGGACACUUUACAUCUAAGUCAACAGUUUGCAGUCCAACCCUGGGCAUCAUAUCAAGAGCAAAACAUAGAUGUUUCAAACAACUAUAUUGCAACCUCUGUGCCAGAUGUGCAGCAGACUUGCCUUCAAAAUAACAUGCUAGCUCCAGCACAGCAACAUUACACUACAGGUCUCGAGACUCCUAGCCUACCUAAUAUUUAUGCACUGGAGAUCUCCAUAACCUACAGGGGAGAAGAUAUGGGAAAGAUGUGCUGUCAAGGUCCAUUUGUUCAGCUUCACUCGCAGUGUGAUCCUUCUGACCUAAGGGGCCAGUCAGUGCCUUUCCCUGGAACAGAGAAACUAAGUGACCAGAAACAGAUUCAGUACACUAACCGCAUUCUGGACAACAUCAAAAGGGGUCUGCAGCUGGAGGUAUGCCAAGAUGGCAUCUUCGGCUACCGCCAGGACAAGUGCAAUGUGUUCGUCAGCACACGGGAUCCUGCUGAGAUCCCGAACCAACCAGAGCCCAAAAAGCUGCCUCAGAACCAAAAGGAGCUGCUGUUCAGCUUUGAUAAAUACAAGAAAGAUCUAAUGGAUUUCAAAGAGAACAGGCGUGGGUCUCCUGAGUACACCAUCUGUUUGUGCUUUGGUGAAAAAUUUCCAGACGAAAAGCCUAUAGAGAAAAAACUGAUCAUCGUUAAGGUUGUGUCUCUGAUUUGCCGUGAGCUUCACAAAGCAGCGCAGAGAGAUGGAGCGUCAUCUCUGCAAAAUGACAACAUCAGCCUCCAGUUCUCCCAUAACAGCCUGUUUGAUCUUAUUGAAGCCACAUUCCAACUACCCACAGCAGAGUGAAGUGCUCAUCCACCCUCCAGCCACCAAGCACAGAAUGAAGUGCUUAUCCACCCUGACAACUGCUUUCUCUUUCCUAUUGAUAAACACUAAUGUUCUCAAGUUACUGGCUUCUUACCUGUUCUCUCACAGCAAAAAACCUUGCAGGUAUUUAAUUGCUCAGGAUGACUGCAAUGAAGAGGUAGUCCUGUUUUCUUUACAAUUCUGCAUUGUCAGGAGUUUAAUCAAAAUAUACAUUCCAAAAACAUUUGCUUUAGCUGGAUGUUGUCUUUGAGCUUUUUGUAACUUUAAAUGUAACCUUAAUGAUUUUAAGGAAGCAUUAGUGCUUUAAUUCACUUUUGCUGUUGAAGCUGUAACCUUGUAAAUGUAUUUAUCUUCUAGUGAAGAAUUUCUCUACUCUACCCUAAGGGUUUGUUAUCUUUCUCAUCUGUUACUUAGUAUUUUCUAUGAUAUGUCUGGUGUAUUUUGUGUAUCUUCUGAAUA